UCUCCCGCAUUUGCCGCGAACACUGUAGAGAUCCUGCGACAGGAACGGCUCCUCCUGCGGAUUCCUUCGCUUGAAAGUUGAAAGCUUUACUUUCUCUCCAAUGUCUGUCAUCAGACCCUGAUCUCUCUCUCUCUCUCGUGUCCUUCCAGUUUCCCACUGCUGAUGAUGCCACUCGGCACUGGUCUCCCGCCAUUGCAGCUCUGAGUGACGAAAGCCGUCGCUUCUCUCUCCUCCCCCAUGGAAACCCAGGAAGCACGACCUGUCAAGUCCCUUACCACGAGACACAAGUGCUCAGCAUGCUACAAGCAAUACAAGAAAAAGGAGCAUCUUAUUGCCCACAUGAAGGUCUCCUACCACUCUGUUCAUCAGCCCAAAUGUGACGUUUGCUAUAAGCACUGCAAAUCUCUAGAGUCAUUAAGAGAACAUCUCACUGGUCCUUUGCCCAAAGCAAAUUGUUCGAGCAUUUUCUCUGAGCGAGGAUGUGAUCUUUGUCUGAAACUUUUUGAUAGUCCGAGUGCCCUUACUGAACAUAGAGAAACAUGUUGUCUGCCUGCACCUCGUCCAUUUGAGACAAUUUCUGUAUCUUCUAUAGACUGUCAAGUCCAUAUUUCUGAUCCAAUUGAUGGAUGCAACUAUGAUGACCGGCAACAAGGAAGACCUAAGGCAAUUGUCCUGGAUUGUGAGAUGGUGGGUGGUGGUAGUGAUGGAUCUCUUGACCUUUGUGCUCGGGUAUGCCUUGUUGAUGAAGAUGAAAACUUGGCUUUCCACAGUUAUGUACAGCCCCAAAUUCCUGUUACUGAUUAUAGAUAUGAAGUAACCGGGUUAACAGAAGGGCAACUCAGAGACGCCAUGCCACUAAAGGAAGUCCAAGAAAGAAUAUUGGAAAUUUUGUACAACGGCGAGUCUAUUGGAAAAUUAAGGUUAGAUGGAGGAAAGGCCAGGCUAUUGGUUGGUCAUGACAUAGAGCAUGACCUGGACUGCUUGAGAAUGAACUAUCCUGAUCACUUGCUGAGGGAUACUGCCAGAUAUCGUCCAUUAACAAAAACAAAUUUAGUUAGCUACUCGCUCAAGUACCUCACCAAGAAAUAUCUGGGGUACGACAUUCAGUGCAGUUUGCAUGAUCCAUAUGAGGAUUGUGUCUCCGUGAUGAGGAUUUACAAGAGAAUGCGUGCUCAAGACCAUCGAUUGGAAGGAGCUAAAGUAUCUACUUUGCUUGAUGAUGGGCACAACUUACUCAGAAACUUCGAAUUUUCAAAUAAGGAACUCGAGAAGAUGUCACCAGAUGAGCUUUAUGAGAUAUCCAGAUCAAAUUAUAGAUGCUGGUGUCUGGAUUCGAAACGGAGACGUCUGGUUAUGUACCAUGUACUGAGAAGAGAAGGUUGCAACGGAGGCCUUAGCUGCUCCGCUCUUUUUGGGUUAUUCACUGAGAAUGGGAAGGAAGAAAGCGAAUUGGUAAAUUGCAUCAUGAGCUUCGUCUAUGUCCCGACCUGUGCGGCUUAUGGAAUGAUAUUGUUCCUGGUCACUGGUUAUAGAAUAAACUAGAUGAACUUCGUGCAGAGUCUGACAAUAUCAGUGGGCCUUUUCUUCUCUCCUGUCAAUUUGUUUGACAAUUUAGUAAUCUCUGCUGCUAUUUCCUUUCACCAGGGUUCAACGGGACCUUAUUUGGUUUCUUGUCACUGCCAUUGCAAUUGCAGGAUGCACCACCAUCUGACUGAAGGCCUCAACAAAGUUUCCUCAUAACAUGGCCAACUGUUGGUGACCAAAAGAUGUUGGUAGAAAAAAAAAAUCAUCUUUACAACUUGCAACUGUCUGGACUCUGGUUUAGUAACUAGAGCAUCUUGUGUUUAGACAAUAAUGCAACAUUGUGAUAGCAACCUUAUGUUUUGGAUGAUGCGCCCGAGCACAACGGAAGGAACUUCAUCGCCGGCACUGAGGAAUCCGGGUCGAAGUCCCUACUCCAUAGCUCGACUUCUCAAACCUUGACGUCUUGUCGGAGAUGAACUUAUAUGGAGUGCUCAGAGCGGGCCGAUCAAUUUAUCGGCCUUCUUUUCGUUGUAUUACACACUGAAAAUCAACAUAUAAUACACUAUCUUCUCUAGUAUGUUGAAUCCUAGGGGAUAGCAUACAUCUAGCUUUUGCACUCUUUGAACGGGGGAGAUUAUUUUCGACAUCGGUGUCUGCACACCUCAGAUGAUCUUCGUUUCCCGUUUUUUAGCAGUGGUUCUCAGGGUAUUUCACCA